AUGCGACCGGAAAUCGAGCAGGAGCUUGCUCAUACCUUAUUGGUAGAGCUUCUGGCUUACCAGUUUGCGUCACCGGUGAGAUGGAUUGAGACUCAGGAUGUUAUUCUUGCGGAGCAGCGAACCGAAAGAAUUGUUGAAAUUGGCCCUGCAGACACACUAGGUGGGAUGGCAAGACGAACAAUCGCAUCUAAAUACGAAGCAUACGAUGCCGCGACCUCUGUACAACGCCAAAUACUCUGCUACAACAAAGAUGCUAAGGAAAUUUAUUAUGAUGUAGAUCCUGUGGAGGAGGAACCCGAAAUGGCGGCGGCACCUGCAGCUAGCAUUCCGGCGCCUGCACCAGCAGUCGCAACAGCGCCAGUUUCGCUGCCACCUGCCAGUACCGGGCCUGCCGCAGCAGUCGAAGACGCCCCGGUUACAGCUGUAGACGUCCUUAGGACACUGGUGGCACAGAAAUUAAAAAAAAGCUUGUCAGAUGUGCCCCUGAGCAAGGCGAUCAAGGAUCUGGUAGGAGGUAAAUCGACAUUGCAGAAUGAAAUUCUUGGUGAUCUGGGCAAAGAAUUUGGCUCUACACCAGAAAAGCCCGAAGACACGCCUCUUGAUGAAUUAGGUGCAUCUAUGCAGGCGACUUUCAAUGGACAGCUAGGUAAACAAUCUACUUCUCUCAUUGCUCGCUUGGUGUCAUCCAAGAUGCCUGGGGGUUUUAAUAUCACAGCUGUACGAAAGUAUUUGGAGACGCGCUGGGGCUUAGGGACUGGCAGGCAAGACGGAGUCCUUCUCCUUGCUCUUACAAUGGAGCCGGCCUCUCGCAUUGGAUCCGAGCCUGAUGCGAAGGCAUAUCUAGAUGACGUUGCCAAUAAAUAUGCGGUCAAUGCAGGUAUCAGCCUUUCUGUACCGACAAACAGUGGUGAUAAUGGAGGAAGCAAUGGAGGAAUGAUUAUGGACCCGGCUGCCAUCGAUGCCUUAACUAAGGAUCAGCGGGCCCUUUUUAAGCAACAACUGGAAAUAAUUGCGCGAUACUUGAAGAUGGAUCUACGAGCCGGUCAGAAAGCAUUUAUCACCUCACAAGAGAGCCAGAAAACGCUGCAGGCUCAGCUGGAUUUGUGGCAGGCUGAACAUGGUGACUUCUACGCUUCUGGUAUUGAGCCAGCCUUUGACUCCUUGAAAGCCCGUGUAUACGACUCCUCCUGGAACUGGGCUCGACAGGAUGCUCUGAGCAUGUAUUAUGAUAUCAUCUUUGGAAGACUAAGAGUCGUUGAUCGCGAGAUCGUGAGUCAAUGUAUCCGAAUCAUGAACCGCUCGAACCCGCUUUUGCUCGAAUUUAUGCAGUAUCAUAUUGACAACUGCCCCACCGACCGGGGAGAAACGUAUCAACUUGCCAAGGAACUUGGUCAGCAGCUUAUAGAAAACUGCAAGGAGGUUCUUGGGGUCGCGCCUGUUUACAAGGAUGUGGCUAUCCCUACCGGUCCACAGACGACUGUAGAUGCACGAGGGAACGUUGGUUAUCAGGAGGUUCCUCGAUCCAGUGCCCGCAAAUUAGAGCACUACGUCAAGCAAAUGGCAGAGGGUGGCCCUAUUUCGGAAUACAGCAAUCGAGCUAAGGUGCAAGAUGAUCUUCGGAGCGUUUAUAAAUUAAUCAGACGACAACACCGCUUAUCUAAGUCGUCGCAGUUGCAAUUCAGCACUCUUUAUAAGGAAGUGAUCCGCGCCUUGAGUAUGAAUGAGAAUCAGAUCAUGCCGCAAGAAAACAGCCAUACCAAGAAAUCCGGACGGAACGGACACAAGCGUAAUGGAAGUACGGGCAAGGUCGAAACCAUACCUUUCUUGCAUCUCAAAAAGAAGACGGAGCAUGGCUGGGAAUACAAUAAGAAGCUAACUGGUGUCUACCUCGAUGUUUUGGAGUCAGCUGCCCGGUCUGGCUUGACAUUCCAAGGGAAAAACGUGUUGAUGACAGGCGCUGGUGCUGGCUCAAUUGGUGCUGAGGUCCUGCAAGGCUUGAUCAGUGGUGGAGCCAAGGUGAUUGUGACUACAAGCAGGUAUUCGCGGGAAGUGACGGAGUACUAUCAAGCUAUGUAUGCCCGCUAUGGUAGCCGUGGCUCGCAGUUGGUCGUGGUCCCUUUCAACCAGGGUAGCAAGCAAGAUGUGGAGGCUCUUGUUAACUAUAUCUAUGACUCCAAGAAAGGCCUUGGCUGGGACUUGGACUUCAUCAUUCCGUUUGCUGCAAUUCCAGAGAAUGGUCGUGAGAUUGACAACAUCGACUCUAAAUCAGAACUCGCCCAUCGCAUUAUGUUGACCAAUCUCUUGCGGCUGUUGGGCUGCAUCAAGACUCAAAAACAGACGAAUGGUUUUGAGACUCGCCCAGCCCAGGUCAUUCUCCCCUUGUCCCCUAACCAUGGUACUUUCGGAAACGACGGUUUGUAUUCCGAGUCUAAGCUUGCUUUGGAAACGUUAUUCAACCGUUGGUAUUCUGAAAGCUGGCAUAACUACCUAACUAUCUGUGGUGCUGUAAUUGGUUGGACUCGUGGUACUGGAUUAAUGAGUGGCAAUAACAUGGUUGCUGAAGGCGUUGAGAAACUAGGUGUGCGGACCUUUUCGCAACAAGAGAUGGCGUUGAAUCUUCUCGGCCUGAUGGCACCUACAAUUGUCAACCUGUGUCAACUUGACCCUAUAUGGGCUGACCUUAACGGUGGGCUGCAGUUCAUUCCUGAUCUUAAGGACCUUAUGACCAAGCUCCGCACAGACAUUAUGGCGACAAGUGAUGUUCGUAAAGCGGUGAUCAAGGAGACAGCCAUAGAGAACAAAAUCGUCAAUGGAGAGGACAGCGAGAUGCUCUACAAACGUGCAAUUGCAGAGCCACGUGCCAAUAUCAAAUUUCAGUUCCCCAACCUGCCAAAAUGGGACGAUGAUAUCCAGCCCCUCAACGAGACCCUCAAAGGUAUGGUCAACCUGGACAAAGUCGUCGUUGUCACUGGAUUCUCAGAAGUUGGUCCUUGGGGUAACUCGCGGACUCGUUGGGAGAUGGAAGCAUAUGGCAAGUUCUCUCUAGAAGGCUGUGUGGAAAUGGCUUGGAUCAUGGGAAUCAUUAAGCAUCACAAUGGUCCACUUAAGGGGAAAACAUAUUCAGGCUGGGUUGAUGUGAAGACAGGCGAACCAGUGGAUGAUAAGGACAUUAAGGCAAAGUAUGAGAAGUAUAUUCUUGAACAUUCCGGAAUUCGACUUAUCGAGCCUGAACUUUUUAAGGGCUAUGACCCAAAAAAGAAGCAGCUACUCCAAGAAAUUGUGAUAGAGGAAGAUUUGGAUCCGUUUGAGGCUUCGAAGGAGACUGCGGAAGACUUCAAAAGGGAACAUGGAGAUAAGGUUGAGACCUUUGAGGUUCCAGAAUCAGGAGAAUUUACCGUCCGUCUUAAAAAGGGUGCCACUCUUCUCAUUCCCAAGGCUCUUCAGUUUGAUCGACUUGUCGCUGGCCAAGUUCCGACUGGCUGGGACGCAAAGCGAUAUGGUAUUCCUGAUGAUAUCAUUGAACAGGUUGACCCGGUGACAUUGUUCGUUCUUGUGUGUACCGCUGAGUCAAUGCUCUCUGCUGGCAUCACCGAUCCAUAUGAAUUCUAUAAGUACGUUCACCUGUCUGAGGUCGGCAACUGCAUUGGCUCUGGUAUUGGAGGGACACACGCUCUGCGAGGAAUGUACAAAGAUCGUUAUCUGGACAAGCCUCUCCAGAAAGAUAUUCUUCAAGAGUCUUUCAUUAAUACCAUGAGUGCGUGGGUUAACAUGCUACUGCUAUCUUCUACAGGACCAAUAAAAACCCCUGUUGGUGCUUGUGCUACAGCUGUUGAGUCGGUUGAUAUUGGUUACGAGACAAUUGUUGAAGGGAAAGCUCGUGUCUGCUUUGUCGGUGGGUUCGAUGACUUCCAGGAAGAGGGGUCGUAUGAGUUUGCCAAUAUGAAGGCCACCAGUAAUGCUGAAGAUGAAUUUGCUCAUGGUCGAACUCCGCAAGAAAUGUCUCGACCCACAACAACAACACGUGCUGGGUUUAUGGAAUCUCAAGGUUGCGGAAUGCAACUCCUGAUGAGUGCACAGCUUGCUUUGGAUAUGGGUGUGCCCAUUCACGGUGUUAUUGCUUUGACGACGACAGCAACAGACAAGAUUGGGCGCUCUGUUCCUGCGCCAGGCCAGGGCGUUUUAACUACUGCCCGGGAGAAUCCAGGCAAAUUCCCAUCUCCUUUGCUAGACAUCAAAUAUCGCCGUCGACAGCUGGAAUUGCGAAGAAAGCAAAUCAAGGAAUGGCAGGAGUCUGAGCUGCUGUAUCUCCAGGAAGAGGCUGAGGCUAUGAGAGCCCAGGGUCACGAAUCCUUUAACCAAUCAGAAUAUAUGCAAGAACGAGCCCAGCACAUUGAACGUGAAGCUAUUCGGCAAGAAAAGGACGCGCAAUUCAGCCUUGGAAACAACUUUUGGAAACAAGAUUCUCGUAUCGCUCCCCUUCGAGGCGCACUUGCUUCAUGGGGUCUUACUGUUGAUGAUAUCGGCGUUGCCUCUUUCCAUGGUACCUCCACUGUGGCAAAUGACAAAAACGAAUCCGACGUUAUUUGCCAGCAGAUGAAGCAUCUAGGCCGCCAGAAAGGCAACGCUCUUCUGGGGAUCUUCCAGAAAUACCUGACGGGACACCCGAAAGGUGCAGCUGGUGCUUGGAUGUUCAACGGCUGUUUGCAGGUCCUUGAUAGCGGCCUUGUUCCUGGCAACCGAAAUGCCGACAAUGUGGAUAAGGCAAUGGAGAAGUUCGAUUACAUUGUCUACCCGAGUCGUAGCAUUCAAACAGAUGGUAUUAAGGCUUUUUCAGUCACCUCUUUUGGUUUUGGCCAGAAGGGUGCUCAAGCUAUCGGUAUCCAUCCCAAGUACUUGUACGCAACCCUUGACCGCGCACAAUUUUUUGCCUACAAAGCCAAGGUUGAGGCUAGACAAAAGAAGGCGUACCGUUUCUUCCACAACGGGUUGAUCAACAACAGUAUUUUUGUGGCUAAGAACAAGGCGCCGUAUGAAGAUGACCUCCAAAGCAAGGUUUUCUUAAAUCCUGAUUAUCGGGUUACAGUGGACAGAAAGUCCUCUGAGCUGAAAUUUCCUGCUGUACCUCCCAAGGUCAACGACAAAGGUGCUGAGAGUACGAGACAAAUGGUUGAAUCGUUGGCGAAAGCCCAUGUGGUUGACAACUCGAGGAUCGGAGUAGAUGUGGAAAGUAUUGAUUCUGUUAACGUUGACAACGAAACGUUUAUCAAGAGAAAUUUCACAAUCAGCGAGGAGCAAUAUUGUCGCAAGGCGGCUUCUCCGCAUGCAUCAUUUGCCGGACGAUGGAGUGCGAAGGAGGCUGUUUUCAAAUCCCUGGGUGUUUCAAGCAAGGGAGCUGGUGCUCCUCUGAAAGACAUCGAAAUUGUGAAUGAUGCAACUGGAGCGCCGUUCGUGAAUCUCUAUGGUGCUGCGGCUGAGGCUGCCCGGCAGAAUGGUGUUAAGCAGGUCACUGUCAGCAUAAGUCAUAGCGAUUCUCAGGCCGUGGCAGUUGCUAUUUCAAAAUUUUAA